UGCUCUGCACCACUCAAAGGUGGGAAAUGUUGGUAUGAAGAAGUGUGAAUCAAAAGGUACCUAUAGUGAUCGUGGACAAUAUUUUUUUAGUAAAAAGCAGCUGUCUGUCUUGUCUUCAGUGUUAUCGCGGAGAUAUUGAAAGACGGCGGUUUCGCACUGUAUACCCGCGCGUUCCAGUGAUCGUGGCUCAAUUAGAUCUCCGCGUAUCAGCUCAAACUUCGCAAGUGAAGUGAGAAAGGUGCUUGUUUUCGUGGAGUGAUUGCAGUGAAGAUCGGCAUGUUCCAAACCCGUGUGCAUCGCGGUUAGAUCGAUGUAUCUGCGAGCAUAUCGACUGGUCUAGCUGGAUAGAUCUCAUCAGGAGUACACUGCAAGCAACUUGACUGACUCUAUGAAAAGUCGGUUUUUCAAAUCCAGAAAAACGUGAUUCGAGCGUUGAUCUUCACUUCACUUACCAUUUAGAUGGAAAGGAAAACAUGUGUGUGUAUAUUGCAGUUACUGUGCUACGACUCAUGUGAAGCUUCUUUCCAAGCUACUUUUCCCUAAUACUGGCUAAUGUGAAGACUCCAUGAUCGAAAACAGAGCUACGACGGUAGACGGUAAAAUCGGGUAAAUCAAGUUCUUCUCCAUUGGUUAGACUGUCUUACUCGAAGACGAUCCUCUUGUAUGCACUCGCAUGCAGGCAAGUACAAAUGAUCGAGACAGUACGUGACACAGUUGAACCAAAAAGCAUGUCUGCUUGCUGUAGUUGCAGCGAACAUAACUAGGUGCACUCAUGAAGAUCUACUGCUGGCAUCGUUGCGGACAUGCAUACACUGUAUUGAAGAUCGCGACAUGAUUGUGCCAAAUAUGCGACAAGUUAAUCACGAUCGUUAGAUAGUCCAUUUACGUAUGCAAAUCAGACCAAGUACUUUCUUUGCAGCCAAUCGGUACCUCUAGCGGUUGACGCCUCUGACAAUUAAACGGGCAAUAGUGCUAUGCAUCAGACUUUCUGAAGGAGGGAAGUAAAAUUACAAAAGUCCCGUCUCAAUGAUAGUGUAAUAAAUUUACCUAAUGUUUAAUUAAUUUAGUGUAAAAGUCAGUGUUAUCUCACGCAAAAUGGAAAUAACCUUAAACUCCACGCUACCAGCGAGAAUGGUCUCGACUACUCCACUGAAUGGCUGUAAUGAAGAUCAUCAAGUUGCCUGUGUGCCUACUAUUCUACUGCAUGACUCGUCGAAGAAAGGUAAUAAGAAAAGUGAAGAAACGGUUCAUAUCCCCACUAAAAUGGUGUUAGCAAACGCAGUAGUAUCUGAUUCGGAGCAACAACAACACUAUCAGCCGCAGCAGCAGCAACCAGUGAUCUUCACAACCAGUGGAGGAAAAUCAUGUUCAUCACGGAUACACGUCAAUCGUACAGAGUGCACAAGUGCAGUGACCGAAUCAGUCUCUUCUUCGGAGAAAGACUUUCACGUUGUUAAGAUACAAAUUUCGCCAAAUUUCAAAAAUACUAGUAGCAAUAGUAACAGCAGUAACGCCAGUAGCAUCGGGAUCAACAAUAAUACAAUCGAAAUUCAGAGCCUAAAUAUCUCAAACGCGAGUGGUGACCAUCAAGAUUUCAGUGAAAUAACAGAGCAAAAAGAUAAGCUUGAAAAUACUCAAGUUUUAAGCAAUGAUGAACGAUCUUCGACGGUUGUGAUUGGAGGUGAUCUUUACACGAAUCCAGCGAGUGUAAAAGAUUCGAAUUCGUUUGAAAAAAGUGAUCUUACCAGUGACCUUUCGAUAGUGCAGCAACCACUGAAAUCCCCAAAAGUGUCGAUUGUAUCGUUUAUUUCGGAUGACCAACAAAACAAAUAUUUGAAUGAGGAUCGUGUUGACGAAGAUCAGUGCAAAUUAUCUGUAAAAAGUGUUAGUCAUAAGAGGAAUAUUUCACAAACAUUUUUGAACAAAAGUAAUGACGAAAUAUCGCUGCUGAAACAAGACCCUGAGUUAUCGCCGAAGUCAACCACUCUGUUAACCCUGCCUUCAAAUCCGCUUGCUGUGGACCAGGAUAUCCGAGAAAAUCUUACUGGAAUAACCACAAAAAUAUCAUCUGAAAAAGAGGAUUCACCGGUACUUUCGACGUCGUUCUCCGAUUUAUCUGUUCUUGAGGAAGAUAUUAAGCAAGAUAAAAAAGAAGCUACAUUGCUAACCUCAUCCAGAUCAACAGAACAAUCACCUUCGGCAGUUGCACCCGAAGAAGAAGAAACUUCCAUUGAAGUACUAAACACUCACGUAAUUGUGGAUACAUCAGGUAUACAAACAGCGACCAUUACAUCGAAUGAAAUGGUACAAAAACCUAGCGGUGAUCUUGAAGUCAGUAACCCGACCUAUUUGUACUACAUGAUGACUAGUGGACAAUGUUCGCCAAGUGACACCUUGGAUAGUGGAACAUGUAGCGAUAUGGAAAAUGGUGGUAGCAAUAGUAACAGUACAUCUGAAUCGGUUACGCCACCACCGCUUCCUAAGAAAAUGGGUCCCAAGUUAAAGAUGCUGCACCUGAAGACAGGAUCCAUUAUUUCUGAGGACCAUUCUUCCGAUGAGCAAGGGGACCAAGCGGAUCAGAAGUCAAACGGCCAUACGAGGACGGGAAGUUUCACUGAUAGUGAAGAAUCCGAGUGUAGUCUGAGCUGCGAUUCCUUGAACUCCUCUGAGUUUGCAAGGUCCAUAUCUAUUCCAUCUCCACCCCAUCCACCUAUGAUACCCACCCAAGAUGCGAUCGUUGCAGCGAUCUCACUAUUGCCUGACUGCUUGCUACGUGACAUUCGAGACCGUAAAUUCACCUCUAAAUUGGAGACUACUCCUGAAAUACUCUCGGAUGACUUCUCAAAGGGACUGAAGAUCGAUGAAGAUCAGAUCCGUGAAAGGAACACCACAUGCGUUUUAAUAACGCAAGAUACAACGGACAAUAUCGCUGCUCCGACAUGCAAAUUCGAAACGGAUAAGUUUUACAAGUUUCAUAUAAACGAAAUGGAUGUAACGGACGAUCUUGUUGAGAACAAGCCGAAGAUCUUCAAGGAUGACGAAACCUUCGCUGGAUACAAGGAUAUACACAGUGGAACCUCGACAAUCCGCAGCUCCAAGGGCACCGUCCGGGGAGUCAAGAAUCGUGUACGAAAUGGGAUAGCAACAUUUUUGCAAAUGCAGCAGACGAAUGUCAAGAAUUACAAAGAAAAAGAUUCAGGCAAAGUUGUUUUGUAUACCACGAGCAUGGGUAUCAUACGUGAGACGUAUGCAAAAUGCGCGAACGUAAAACAAAUCUUGCGAACAUUGCUGAUCAAAUUUGAGGAACGUGAUGUGUUUAUGAGCUGCGAAUACCAACAGGAGAUAAAAGAUCGCAUGCAAACGGAUGAAAUUCAAGUUCCGCAAUUAUUUGUUGAAGGACAACAUAUUGGUGAUGCUGCGACUGUUGAACGGUUGAAUGAAAGUGGCGAAUUGCGACAAAUGCUGAAACCAUACAAGUCCAUGUCAUCAUCAUACACUUGCCAAUUCUGCGGAGGCUAUCGGCUGCUCCCGUGUCCAUCUUGUAACGGCUCCAAGAAAUCGGUACAUCGAAAUCACUUCACCACUGAGUUCGUCGCAUUGAAAUGCAUGAACUGCGACGAAGUGGGCCUGGUUAAGUGUCACAACUGCUGAAGUCUCCGUGCAACGCCGCUAUUUAUUAUUAUAAUAGAUGCACAAAACUACUAUUGAAAUCUCAUCCAACUUUCCUAGUAUCUAUGCAUGUACUUUUUAAUCGGACAAUGAAAUUUUAAUUAAAACUUAACAGGAUCUAAGAUAUGGCUGCAAGGUGACUGGAAUCCAGUGAAUCCAUCAAACAUGUCCAUCCACAUGCAGUGCAGCCUUUUCUGUCCAGUAUACGGAAAACAUGAACUUUAUUUACCAAACUGUUAUCUUUAAGCAAGCAUUUGACGAGUUUCAAAUCAAUAAGAAGCAAACUGAAUCCAAGGCAUGAAUAUCGUAAAACAAAUAAUAGCAGACAAAUUAAGACUUACUCGAACAUCCAUACUCAAACAUACAAAACUAUCUUUGGAAAGUUCGAUCUUCUAUUAAGGGUAAACCGGUUGUGAUAAUUUCAAAUGGACAUUCCAGAUACUUAACGUACUUACUCCGAUGCUGCUAUUUUCUAGGUGUCUCCUCGGAACCGUCUAAAAUUUAUUGAUCAUCCAAGUUUAUUUUUAUAAAUAAAUUACUAUUUGACGAUGAAUCCGUCCAAUUGGCGAGGAGGCGAGUCUAGAAGAAGAAAGUUUUAUCCAUGCUUCUAUAUUUGUUUUUCCAUAAUUGAAAUGCAAUGCGUUCAUACUUAAUUUUCUAAGCAAAGCUGGUGAAUUGCACAUGGAGGUAUCCGACGAGGGAAUUUGAUUUACAGUCAAUUUGUCAUGGAAUAAAAUUAAAAUUUUAAAUACGAUUUUGCAUAAAGUGGAAGAGAUACAGAUGUCAUUUUGAAGUUGUAAAGCUUUUAUCACUUAAGUAGAAUAAUAAAUAUAUUUUAUUUAAUGAA